CUAAUGAGAAGGUUACAUGCUUUCUGAUUACACUGCUAGCUGAGUGUGGAGGGGAGGUUGUCAGUGUGUCAGCCAGCCUCUUUAUCUCGACUGUGUCUUGAAUGGCUGGAGCUGCAAAGGAAGCGUUCAGUUGUUGCCCAGCAUCUUACUGCGUCUGGCACUGCUGAGCAGGGAUCAUUAUCUGCAGAGUGACCCCAGAAUGCGUACCCCCGCACCCAUGAUCGCUGGGAUAGUCUGCACUCCGAUUGGGAUGAUAUUCGUGUUCACAGCGUUAAUCACCCCGCAGUGGAGGGAGGGACACAUCCAGUUGGGCAAGAGUCCCUCUAUUAAACACGACGGUCUUUGGGAAUCGUGCAUAAAGGUAGUGGCAUCGGAUUUCAAGCACUGCUGGCCCGUGUCCGGGGCUUACCAGCAGGACCCCAGCGUCCUCGGGGCACGCGGACUCAUGCUGAGCUCGCUUUCCCUCUGCGGGGUUGGGAUAGUGCUGGCCAGCAUCGGGAUCCGCUGUUGGAUGGACUUCCCCCUCCGCAACGUGGCAGGAGCCAGCGGGAUCAUCAUCAUUCUCUCCGGCUGCCUGAGCCUCACCGCUCUGGGGCUCUACAUCAGCAAAAUGCAGGUGCUGGGGACAGACUUGGACACACGCUACAGAGGCGGGAGCUCCCUGUAUUUCGGCUGGAUUGGGAGUAGCAUUGAAAUCCUGGGUGGGAUGGCUCUGUCACUUAGCUUCAGCCUUCCAAAAUGUAAUAUAUGCAUAGGAUCUCGGAACAAAGACAAGAACAGCUACAAAGUAAAUUCUUAGAUGAGCUUUACUGGA